CUCGGCUCUCCUUAAGUAUUGUUGUCCACGUGACUGGCUGCAGCUACAGUUUUAUGUUUGUUCGUUCAUUGGAAUGCAUCGUCAGUAAUUCCACUCUCAUUCUCUGCACAUUGGAGUAAAAAUCAGUUUUGGAAACUAUACCCUGACUCCAGUCUUUACUUGGAGUUUAGCUUGCUGCUGAAUUGUGUUCACACAUGGAAACACACAUGGAGAGCAAUACACGUACCGAAGUUUUGGAAACGGACCCUUCCAGCGAGCUGCAGGAAAUGCAGUCUUCUCCCUCUGACACCACAGACUUGGAUGAGUCAGAUCCUGAUUUUGUUGUGGGAUCCUCAGCGUCCUCAUCGUCCUCUCCAGCUCCUUCCACUGAAGGCGAGGAGGAUGCAAAAGAUCCUGGAUCUGGGUGGAUUGGGAGAAACGGCUUAGUGUGGUUUUCCACCAACGAGGAGACAUUAUGCUUUUCUCAGCCCGCCAGAGGCGUGACUCCAGGGCCGACGCGUUAUGCCAUCGUAAGGGUCCAGAACGUGGUUUCUGCGUUUGACCUGUUUAUUACGGAGGAGAUGAUUGACCUCAUUGUCAGAAUGACCAACCUCCAUGGGCGCCGCACAAUGAAAAACUGGAACGAGAUUGACUCCACCGAUCUCCGUGCCUACAUGGGGCUACUGAUUUUGGCAGGCGUCUACAGGUCCAAAGGGGAAUCCACACGUAGCCUGUGGGAUGAUCGCAGUGGUCGUGCGAUUUUCAGAGCCACCAUGUCCCUCUCAAGUUUUCAUAGAAUCAACAGAGCUCUGCGCUUUGACGACAAGCUGCAGAGACCAGCUCGUCCUAGAGAGGACAAGCUUGUCCCCAUCAGAUCCCUGUGGGAAAUGUGGACGCUUCGCCUUCCCCUCCUAUUUAACCCCGGUAAAAAUGUCACAGUGGAUGAGCAGCUUGUGCCAUUCAAAGGGCGAUGCAGCUUUCGGCAGUACAUGCCAAAAAAACCGGCCAAAUAUGGAAUGAAAAUUUGGGUGACUGCUGAUGCCGCCACAUCCUAUGCCUGGAAGUGUGAGAUUUACCUGGGAAAGACAGGUGGUGCUCCAGAGGUGGGUCAGGGCAAGCGUGUUGUCAUGGAGAUGACAGAAGGACUCCAGGGCGUCACUGUCACUUGUGACAACUUUUUUACCUCCUACUCACUUGCUCAGGAGCUUAUGCAGAAAAAAAUAGCCUUGGUCGGGACGAUCAGGAAAAAUAAACCGGAGCUGCCACCCAACCUGGUGGAGGUUAAAGGACGAUCUGCCCUCUCCUCCGUCUUCGCCUUCACGAAGAACACCACGGCCGUGAGUUACGUUCCAAGACGGGGGAAGAAUGUGAUCCUCAUCAGCACAAAGCACCGCGAGGGAGUGGUGACAGAGGGAGAAAAAAAGAAGCCAGAGAUAAUCAUGGACUACAACCACUGCAAGGGAGGUGUCGACAAUCUAGACAAGGUUGUCGGCACCUACAGCUGCAGAAGGAGGACCAAAUGGUGGCCACAGGUGUUAUUUUUUAAUAUGUUGGACAUCACAGCAUAUAAUGCAUUUGUCAUUUACACAGCUGUGGAUCCCUCCUGGAAAAAGGCAAAGUUGUAUAGGAGGAGGCUUUACAUAGAAGAGCUGGGAAAUUCUCUGGUCUCUGCAGCAAUAUUGAGGAGAAAUCAUCUCCCUCACGCACCAGUUGCUGCUUCACUGGUGAGAGAGAUUCAGUCUUCUGCAGCUGACCCUUCAGACACAAAGCCCCAGACACCAGAAGACACCAGCAGCUCAGGAGUGAAGAGGGGAACAUGCAAGUGGUGCACAAAACAAAAAAAAAGAACAAUCAGCACUUGCGUCUCUUGUGGUGAACACCCUUGCAAAGACCACCAUGUGAUAUGCUGCAAGCCCUGCUGGAAAGACAACGCACACAUACGCGCAAAAAAGUUAGUUUAAUAGUUUAGUUCUUCAUGCUGUAUAAAAGAUAAUAAAAUAAUAAAUGAUGUUCAUAAAUCUGAUGCAGACUAGAUUUUUUUUACAGAAAAAAAUGGAAAAGUAAACGAGGGAGAAAAAAUGUAAAUCUGAUGCUGCACAAAAACUAACAAUGCAUCAAAGCCAAUGUUGUUACUAAUCUUUCACAUGUCCAAGACUGUGAUAAAAUAUCCAGUCCACAAUCACAUUUUAUAUUGAAAAUCAGUCAUUUUCCCCCCAAAUCAAUGACAUCAUUUAUGAACUUGGCAAUUAAAGUAGUAGUUUUAGUUUUAAAGUAGUAGCAGUAGUUUUGAUCAGAACUGAGGUUGAUUUUGAGUGAAUUUGCCCACAGUGUAUUAAUGACUUUUUGAAAUUUUUUAAAUCAUAUUUUUCUAAAAUUUGUUUCAAAGUAAGGUUUGUCACCUUUGUCAUUUGCUGAAAUACAGAGAAAGUUAAGACCAAAUUAAGAGUCAAAAGUGACCCCUGGUGGAUUAAAACGUCCCCAGCAGUACAUAAGGGUUAAAUAGGUCCAAUGUGUGGCAUUCAGAAUAAGCCAUUAAUGGUUACACUGUGACUCACAGUAUACUUAGCUGACAAACUUUACACGCUCAUACAAUAGUAAACAUUUUAACUGUGCACACACUUCCUUCACUAUAUUGCCAAAAGUUUUGGGACACCCCUGCAAAUCAUUGAAUUCAGGUGUUGGGCAUGUCCCCUUGCUUUUAAUGCUUCAGUAUACCAAGACAUUUUGGACAAUUUAAUGCUCCCAACUUUGUGGGAACAGUUUGGAGAUGACCCCUUCCUGUUCCAACAUGACUGCACACCAGUGCACAAAGCAAGGUCCAUAAAGACAUGGAUGAGCGAGUUUGGUGUAGAGGAACUUUUUUUUUUUUUACUGGAAAAAGAGUCCUGCCUCUGAAAGGAUCAUUUCAAAUAAAGUCAAACAGGUAUUUAUUUAUUGUCAUUUCUACUGACACAGUACAUAGUGAAAUGAAACGUUUCUCCGGGACCAUAGUGCUACAUAAAACAACACAGAGCUUAGGAGUG